CCAUCUCCUGAUUGAAGAGAAAAAGGGGAGGUAAGAGAGAAUCGGACUGUGGUUCGCUGAGUUAGGGUUUGCAGAAGAAGGAACAGGAAGAAGAAGAAACAGCAGUAGCGAGACAGCUAUGCCGAAGAACAAGGGUAAGGGAGGUAAAAACAGGAAGAGAGGUAAGAACGAAGCCGACGACGAGAAGCGUGAACUGGUUUUCAAGGAAGAUGGGCAAGAAUACGCCCAGGUUCUUCGCAUGCUCGGUAACGGCCGGUGCGAAGCUACGUGCAUCGAUGGAACCAAACGUCUCUGCCACAUACGAGGAAAGAUGCACAAGAAGGUCUGGAUCGCUGCUGGUGAUAUAAUUCUCGUGGGGCUUCGUGAUUAUCAAGACGACAAGGCCGAUGUGAUCCUUAAAUAUAUGCCUGAUGAAGCUAGGUUAUUGAAGGCUUACGGUGAGCUUCCAGAGAAUACUCGUCUCAACGAGGGUAUCGCUGCUGGAAUAGAUGAGGACGAUGAUGGAGCCGGUGAUGGUUAUAUUGAUUUUGAGGACGAGGACAUCGAUAAAAUUUAGGUUUUGCGAUUCUCUUCUUCAGCUUUUUUUUUCCACCUCCUCUGGAAUAUGCUUAAUAUGAAAUUUUAUAAAGAUGAGUCGUGCGGGAUUUGUGUUCUGUACCUAAAUUUGAGGGUUCUUCCCCACCUUGUUAAAUUAGGGUUUCACUGGAUGCAACUGGAUGGAAUGAAAUAACAGUAAACCUCUCAGUUUGCAUACUUUAUUUGUGGUUCUCUGCUUGCCAAUCAAUUCCAUUCUACGUAUUUUUCUUUAA